AUGUUAAAAAGUAAGUAAAUGACAAUGCAAAUAGAUAUAGAGGAAAGGCUCAGAAUUUCUAAUCUUUAGAUGGUUCAGAACCUAUGAAAUGGAGAAUUAAUAAAUAUAAUAAUAUAGCUGUUGAAGGAUAUUUUCUUAUUUCUAAAAGAAUUCAUUAAGUAACCUAAAAAAUGAUUUAUUUGAUCCUUUAACAAAAUAUGGUCCAAUUAAGAAACUCAAUUUGAAUCUUGAUAGAAGAAUUGGCUUUGUUAAGAAGAAAAAGUUAAUAAGAUUAUUAGUUAUGCUUUAGUUGAAUUAAGUGAAUUUAUCAAUGCUUAAGAUCUUUUGAAUGGUGUUAAUAAGUCAGAAGAAUAAUAUGGUAUAUAAGUUCAAGUUGAUUGGUAUACAAAAAGAAAUUGCUUUAAAAUAAACUAAGAAAUAAUAAUUUAAAUGUUAUAUCUAUGUUGCCAUUUUAGAUUAGUUAUGUCUAAUGAUGUCUAGGAAUAGUAAUUGUAUAUUAAUAACUUAGUUAUCUUGUUAUCAAUAACUUAAAAAUACAUUUAUAUUCUCAAUAAUGAAAUGAGUUAUAGCACGAUCUCUCCCCAAACUCAAUUCUAUUUUAUACCUUGUUAUUAUGUAGAUUAAAUUUUUAAUUAUAAGAUAGUUAAAAUUAUAAUUAUAAAUUUACCAAUUAAUAAAAGGAUUUGUUCAACCUUAACCGCGCCCUUUUAAUAAAAUUCCUUAAUAAUAUUAUCACUUGUAAUGAACUAUAACAAUAGUAGCAACUCGAAUACUAAGCGAUAAAAUAAGAAGAAUAAAGCUUUGAAGAAAUACAAUAUCUUAGGUUAAGAUGACAAACAGUAGAUUUUAGAGAGUUUACAAAAAGACUCUUCUCUUGAGAUGUAUCAAAUCUUAAGUGAGAAAUACAACACUUCAAUAAAGAACUUAAGAAGAUGGUAUCAAGAUGGGAUAGCUAGAAAACCUGGAUGUGGAAGAAAGAAACUCAACACUAAAGCAGAAGAAGAAUUAAGAUAAUGGAUUAUAAAGGAGAGUGUGGAAUUAAGAAGAAGAGUUAGAAGAUCUUAGUUAAAAUAGAAAGCUAUUGAAUUAUUUAACAUUCCUAAUUUUAAAGCUAGUAAAGCUUGGUAGGAUGAAUUUAUCAGAAAUUUUGAUAUCAAAUAUUAGGUUAAUGAAAUAUUAUACAAUAAAGGAAUUUUAAAUUAAUUGUAAAAAGUAAAAUUUGAAGAAUAAAGAAGGAAGAGAUAAUAAUAAUCAGUUGAUUAGAAAUCAGAAAAAUAGGAAUAACUUUAAUAAAUCUUUUCAUAAUAAGCUACAGAAAUACCACAAUCAAAAUUAGAAGUAUUAAAUAUACAACCAAAAGUAUCUGAUUUCAAAUUAGAAGAUUGGUCUUUCGAAAAAUAAGAAGAAAUGAAAGAUUAUUUAUCAGAAGUAUUUUCUCCAAAAUUAGAAUUUUUCAAUGAUGAAAAGUCAAAUUAGUAUU